AUGAUAAAUUAUAAUAAUUCAAAGAAGAGAGGUCGUGAUAAUUCUAAUGUGUUAUUAUAUCCGGAGUUGAUUCAUAGAUGGAAUCAUUCUUAUUCUAUAUUGUCAAUUGUUCCGUUUCCAUCAAAAAAUUUAUUAUUUGCAGGUACUCAAGAUUCAAAAAUUUUAGUAUUUGAUAUGCCAAAUUAUAAUUUAAUAAAGACUAUAAGGUUAGGUUCAUUAAAUGAUGUAAAUACUAGGUCUAGUGUCUUAUGUAUGACACGUUCAGAUGAUGAAAAGUACCUUUUUUCUGCAGGUGCAGACUCUUUAGUGAGAAUUUGGUCUGUUGGAGAAAUGAAUGGAGAUAGCUAUAUUCAAAUAAAUGAAAAUGCGACAAUAUAUACAAUUACAGAUAUUGGUGAUAUCUUCUCAAUAAGAUAUCUAGAUUCAUUAGAUACUCUUUUUAUUGGUUGUCAGAAUGCAAGUAUGUUAUUCUUAGAUAAUUUACAAGAAAGAAUAAAAAGUGAAGAUUUUAAUUCUGACACUGAUUUCGAAAGAUUACCACAUAGAAGAUAUGAUAAGUUUUUUGAUUCGAAUGGACCUGGAGGUAAUUUAAAAUCUAAAGAGAAAAUUGAUUCACCUUUAUUUUCCACAAGUUCUCCAGAAAAUUUAAUUAACAAUUGUAUCUUAGAGAUACCUUCCGAAAAUAUUAUAAGUUACGCACACAAUGGUUUUAUCUAUUCCAUAUAUAGAUUACAGCAUACAUUUUUAGAAAAUAAUGAUAAAAGUAUUGUUGCUAAGGAAUUUAUAAUUACAGGUGGUGGUGAUGGUUUGAGUAAAUUAUGGAAAGUGACAAAAGAUAGUAUUGGACAAAUUUCUGUUGAUUUAGAUCCGGAAUUUUUUGACAAUGACGACAGUGUAUUAUCUCAAACAUUUGAAUUUCCAUUUUUGUACUGUGGUCUUUCUGAUGGUGUUCUGAAGAUUUGGGACUUGAAUACUAGACAGCUUGUUUCAACUUUACGUACGCCGGAUCCCUACGAUAUCAUUUCCUUAUCAAUUUAUCACAACCAUGUAUUUGCCAUUAAUGAAUCAGGAAUUACUCAUUUCUAUGAUAAUAAAUUCCAUAAUUGGGAUCCGAAUCAAGGUAAAAUAUUAAGUUCAGAAGUAUUUGAAAGGAAAUGUAAUGUUUGUAACAAACCAGUCAGUUUACUUACCGGUGGUAAUGAUGGUUCUUUGACUUUAUGGAAUUUGUCUCAUUUGAUGAACAUUGGUGAUUCCACAGAGAAUAAAUAUACGGAACAUCAAUGUAUUAGAGAACGCUCCAAUUCCAUUACGUAUUAUAAACCGGCUGUAUUAGAUAAUGAUUCUAUGCUGGAUACAGUUAGAGAAUUAAUAGCAUUUCAGACAGUAUCACAAAAUCCGGAUACCACACAGCAAAUGGAUUCAAGAAGAUGUGCUAAUCAUUUGCAACAAUUAUUUGUUGAAUUUGGUGCUAGUAAAACCCAAAUAUUCCCUGCCUCUACUGGAAAUCCAGUUGUCUUUGCCCAAUUCAACGGGGACCCUGAUAAUAAUAAUAAAAAAAGAAUAUUAUGGUAUGGUCAUUACGAUGUUAUACCAUCUGGUAAUACUAAUUUAUGGAAUACUGAUCCAUUUAGAUUAACUUGUGAAAAUGGAUACAUGAAGGGAAGAGGUGUUAGUGACAAUAAAGGACCAUUGGUAGCUGCUAUUUAUGCGGUUGCGUCAUUAUUUCAACAAAAUUCACUGGUAAAUGAUGUUGUCUUUUUAAUUGAAGGUAACGAAGAGAUCGGCUCAUUAGGAUUAGAAGAUAUUUGUGUUAAAUAUAAAGAUUUGAUUGGACCUAAAGUUGAUUGGAUUUUUCUAAGUAAUUCUACAUGGGUUGAUAAAGAUCAUCCAUGUUUAAAUUAUGGAUUAAGAGGUGUAAUUAAUGCAGAGAUUCAAAUAUUUAGUGAUGAGCCAGAUAGUCAUUCGGGUUUAGCUGGUGGGAUCCAUAUGGAACCAGUUUCUGAUUUAGUAUCUAUUAUAUCUAAAUUGCAAAAUGAAGAUGAUUAUAUUAAAAUUCCUAAUUUUUAUGAGUCGAUAGUUCCAUUAAGUUCCGAUGAUAAAGAAAGAAUUCAAAAAGUGAUUGAAGUAACAACGAUGAAUAGGAAUUUAACAUUGGAAGACUUAAUUGCAAAUUGGACUAUGCCUUCAUUAUCGAUAACAUCAAUGAAGACCAGUGGACCAGGCAAUAUAACAGUUAUACCCAAGCUAGCAUCAAUCGGUGUAUCGAUUAGGUUAGUACCAGAACAAUCUGUUGAGAAGAUCAAAACUGAUUUUAUUAAUUACAUUGAGCAAUGUUUUAAUGAAUUGAAGACUAAAAAUCAUUUGAAAAUCAAUAUUGUUAACGAGGCAAGUGGUUGGUUAGGAGAUCCUAAUAGUACUGCAUACAGACUGCUAAAAGAAGAAGUAGCAAUUGCAUGGGAUAUGGAACCAUUAUUAGUAAGAGAAGGUGGGUCUAUUCCAUGUGUAAGAACAUUGGAGAUGAUAUUUGAUGCACCAGCAGUACAAAUACCUUGUGGACAGUCUACUGACAAUGCACAUCUUGAUAAUGAAAAUUUAAGAAUAAGAAACUUAUCACAAAUGGCAUCAAUAUUAAAUAAAGUAUUUAAUAGGUUGUAG